CUGUGGGGGACUUUACUUUUAAGCCUCUCCUUUAAUUUUUCCACACAAAACACAAAUCACUGAGUGUCUUCAAUUCAAUGCUUUACCAAACUCACCACCACCCUUUUCUCUUCCCUCCCAACCCUUUUACCCCAACUUCCCUAUCUCCUCAUCCUUCUUGCCCUCAUCCUACCCUUUCUCCCACUCCCCCUCCUCUUCAGGUACUUCUCCAUUUUCUUCUUCCUUCUUCUAAUUAAACAACUCCCUUUUAAUUAAUGUUUCAGAAACAAAAAGAAACGACUUUUAAAUUUGUUUGCUGUGUAGGUUGUUGUUCAAGCGCAAAUGGAAGGCGUGGAGGGAGCUCUUGACGUUUCAGUUGCGCCGGCGGCGGCAGUGGUGAAAGAUACUGACGCAAGCUUUGGUUUUUCAGACGAAUUGUUGUUGGUGGGGAAUAAUAAUGGUCAAAGUUCAGCCGUUGUGGAGAACGACUCCUUCGUGGACGACCUCCUCGACUUUUCUAACGCCUCCUUAAUUGAGGAUUCCGAAGAGCAUAAACAAGGCGUUUUGUCGGAAAACGACUGCUGUGCCACCAAGACGGCCGCCUCCGCCGCUGAUUCUAAUGUUGGUUCGUCCGCUAAAGAGGAAUUUGAGUCUCUUCCGGUCAACGGACUUCCAGUUCCGGCGGAUGAUGUGGAGAGCUUAGAAUGGUUAUCUCAUUUUGUGGAUGAUUCCUUUACCCAGUACUCGCUGACUUGCCCGGUUUCUAAGUUCCCGUCGGAAGCUUUGAAGGCCCGGUCGGAGCCGGAAAUGGUCAUGGUUGAGGUUAAGCCCACCUUCAUUCCAACCCCUGUUCAAACCAAGGCCAGGACUAAGCGUGCCAGGACUGGCGUUCGGGUUUGGUCACUCGGGUCACCCUCAUUCUCCGAGUCGCCUUCGUCUUCGACGUCCUCUUCCUCCACUACGACGUCGUCUUCUUCGCCGGUGUCCUGGCUCCUUUAUUCCUCAAGCUCAGGUCAGUACCAAACACAAACCGUAGAGUCCUUCGUCGGAAGGCGCGUGGCGAAAAAGCCAAAGAAAAAGCCGGCCGUUGCGGACGCCGGCGGCGGUUUGGCUCAGCAGACGAGGCGUUGCAGCCACUGCGGCGUUCAGAAGACUCCACAGUGGAGGGCCGGACCGCUUGGUGCCAAGACGCUCUGUAACGCGUGUGGGGUUCGUUUUAAGUCGGGUCGGCUCUUGCCGGAAUAUCGACCCGCUUGCAGCCCGACAUUCUCCAGUGAGUUGCACUCUAAUAAUCACCGGAAAGUUUUGGAAAUGAGGCGGAAGAAGGAGGUGGAAACCGGGUUUGGCCCACCGGUCCAGAGUUUUUGAAAAACUAAAUUUAAAAAUUUGAUCUAAGGUAGGAGAAAUUAGAAUUAGCAGUAUUAGUACUGAAGAGUCCUUAAUGGUCUUAGUUUUAGUGCAGAUGAAGAGGGAGGAAGCAAGAAGAUUUGAACGGAAUUAUUAGUGUACAUUCUUUUUCAGGGACGGUUAGGUGCGGUAGGUUCACUGCAAAUCCAAUGCAGUUUGGUAGUAGUACUAGUAACUGAUUAAGUCAAAACUCUAAUGUAUCUUUUGGUCAAACUCUUACUUUAUUAUCUCUCUUGUUCCUUUUCUUGGGUUAAAUUGUAGUUUUUGCUCAAAUUUAAGGCGAAAUUUGUGUUUGGAAAUUGGAACACUCUUGGAAGCAGUUGGGAAUUUGGGAUGGAGGUUUUUUUAUGCUCACGAGAAACCAAUGAAUUGGAAGUGAGUAUGAUUUGGCAAGUGUUGAAAAUGUCUAUUGCAUGAUGUCUAAUGCGAGACUUGCUAAUUGGUUGAAAUUUUACAUUAAAAUGCUGACUUUAAUAAAUUGGUAUGAAUUGAAUUGGCAUAGGCUUUUUGAUCUUGUCCUCUUUACCAAGUAGUAGUAGUAGUAGCAGUAGUAGCAGUAGUAGUAGUAGAGUUAGAGUGGAGUCGUCUAGUGGUGCGAAAAUUUUGCAUUGCUCAUGGGAAAUUUGGGUUAUUUGGUGCUGUCCGGCUAAGGAGGAGUGAAUUAAAAUUGAGUUGAGAUUGUGCGCCUUUACUUUGGAUUUUUUGGAAUUUGGCACUGUGAGAGAAAGAAAGAACAAAAAAGUAUCUUUUCGAGUGUGUGAUAUUUGGGUAAUUUCCUUCAAUAAAAAUCGUGGGAUGUUGAUGUGGACCACCUGUGUUGGACAAUAGGAUGUUCACUUUCUGCAACCCAUAAAAUUUUUUCGAUGUUUCCCAUAUCCUUUUUCCAUUCCUUGGUUUCUUUUAGUUUUUUGGAACCAGAAAAAUAACCCCCCAAAAAAAUAAAAAUAAAUAAAGAAAAGAAAAUGUACUAUAUUUAGGAGGGAGGAGGUCAAGUCUGGUUAAUAGUCAUAGUACCACCCUUAUCAAUAAAGUAGGUUCAAUCCUUCCUCUUUUGCAUGCCUUCUUCAAAGAAAGUGAUUGCUUACGGCUUCAAUUUUUCAGAUUGUAGUAUAGUACCAAUGUAUAGACAGCUAAUUAGCAACCACCACCUUGGCUUCUGCUGACUUAAAGGAGACUAGGAAGGAAGAUGGAAGACAAUCUCGCUCAACUUUUGGGUGAAUUUCAUUUUUUUUUACCUUCAGUAAAUUAUUUGUUUGUACAAUAGUAUUAUUGAUUGAAUUUACUGUCCAUGGUAUGUUGAUAUGUGAAGUCACUCUACU